GAGAGCGCGACUCGCGAAUCGGAGCAAUAAUCAACGAGCCAAAACCAACUAACCCUAUCCAGCAAAGAUCACCACAGUCUAACAAGUAUAAAUUGGACUGGGUGUAACAGUGCAUACAUAUCCAUAAAAAGUCUAAAAACGCUUCGCUUCAGCAGCAGAGCAACCAGUCCUCUUCUCCUUCUCUCACUCCAGUAGUAUCUUGCAAACAUUUUAAUGUGCUCGGUUAUUGCAUUCCGCAAGAAGGAUAUAUUUUGAUUCGUAAUCAAUCGGCUGUGUUGGUUAUUCCGCAAGGAAGACAAGCUAAGCACUACGAUAAGCUAAGCUGAAAGUUUGAUUGCCAGACGAAUUCAAUUGUAAAAUGUCUGAUCAACGACGUCGUCGAAAGUCCGGCGGUUCUGAUGACCUUUCUGACUCUUACAACGAGCUCAAUGUCUCUAAGGAAACACAGAGCAGUGAACAUACUAAAGAGUCCCAUGACUCUGAAUAUGAUACUGCAGGGAGUGAAUCAGAUGCAGAAUCGCAGGAAAGAGCUCAAAGAGAAAGUGGAGAUGGUCAGGAAGAAGAAAUACCUCAGAAAAAGUUGGAUGAUGAUGAAGAUCGCAGAAAUCCACAGUACAUUCCUAAAAGAGGUACCUUUUAUGAGCAUGAUGAUAGAACAGCAGAGGAGGUUAGCAAGGAACCUGUAGAGACACCAGCAGAACGAGAGGUAAAAGAGAAGAAAGUUUGGAAAGAUAAGGAAGACAGAUGGGAUCAUGAUAGAUACAACGAUGAAGAGCAAGCUCCUAAAAGCCAUGCUGAACUGAUAGCAGUUUAUGGGUAUGAUAUAAGGAAUGAAGAAGGACCUCCGAGAGCCAGAAGGAGAAGAAGAUAUGGUCGAGGUCCAAAUAAAUAUACUCGUAAUUGGGAAGAUGAAGAUGCUUAUGGGAAAGCUGGAGGGAAUGUGCCUGCUUUUAAAAAUACUACUAGGAAACCUAAUCGUUCUGGAGAAGAAUUCCCAUUAUUAACACCAAAAGAUAAUGAGGAUAAUGCCAGAAAAAUGGAAGAUCAACCAGUUAUUACAUCUGCUUGGUACAGUAAUAAAAAUAAGUCCCAUGUUAACAAAGCACAGAAUUUCCUUGCUUUACAGCAGACUGAAACUCAAAAGGCGAAAUCUAAACAGUUUGUAAAUAGUCAAUUAACUGAAAAUAAAACUUCAAAUGAACGUAACAAUAUGACAUGGAAGAAAGAUCCUAAAAAUACUUCAUUGAUUCAAAAUGCAAAUGACAACAGUGUACACAGUCUUGAGGCUGAAAAAAUAGUAAUCGUCAAAACGACACCGCGAGAAAUCAAAAGACCACCUCAAGUACAGGAGUCCAUUAGUCUUAUUACAAAUAAAAGUCGUGGUCGAGGUUUUAAAGCAAACACAAACAACAACCUACCUGGUACUAGAACAAUAGAGUCGCGACCAAAGGGAAGAGGCCCAAUGGCUGUUGACAACAGAAGAGUGGAACACGAACAAUUAACGAAUGAUAUGAAACAUCUAAAUGUAUCGGCAGACGGUCCAUCUUAUCAUCAUGCUGCAAGACAAACGAAGCAAUUCUACUCUCAGCCAUCUAGUCAACAACACUCGACAGUAGUUCCUCCACGCAUGCAUCAGGCUCAUCCACAGCAACAGCAGGCAUCUCCUUCGCAACAGCAAUCACCGCAACAACCACCUCAGCAAGAUAUUGUUUCGAAUCGACCGAAACGCUACUCCAGCCUUCGCCAAAGACCUGCUAUCGCAGAGGGGCCCUCAGCUCCGGCUCAACCGAACUAUCAACCUCCUCCACAGCAUACUUACUAUCCUCCACCACCUCAAGGUGGAAGUUCGCGAGCAGUUUUAGAAACACAAGGAUACCCACCAAGUCCUUACGAGCAACCAACGCCUGUGGCAGCUCCGGCGGCUACAAUGCCGGGACAGCCGGUAGUACCGAUACCCCAGCCGCCGACUUAUGCGCCUCACGGUCCGCCACCUUUCCUGGUACCACCACCACAAUUUAUACCCCCACAAACUGCUCCGCCUAGUAUUAUCAACUACGUGCCGGGACCUAACGGACCCAUCUUCCAACCUAACUAUCAGGGAUACAAUCCGUCACCUGGUCCACCAGCGCCGCAAGAUGUAGGCCUAUACCAGCCCCAAGGUUGUACCUAUUAUAGUCCAGCCCAGCAACAGCAGCAGCAACAACAACAACCAGUUCCUCUGAGACGACCGAAAGCUGCAAUACCAAUACUUCCACCACCCGACAAUCUUCAGAACCCGGGAGUUCGAGUAUCGAAUCGCGGCGUUCACGCGCAACAAGACCAUCAGCAACAACUUCAGCAAGAGCAAUUGGUUCAGCAGCAACUCCAACAGCAGCAACAACAGCAAGAACAACUUGUGCAGCAACAGCUUCAGCAGCAUCAGCAACAGUUAAUUCAAGAGCAACAGCAAGAAUUACAGGCCCAACAGGAAAGGCAAUUACAACAAGAAAGGCUGUUACUGAAAGAGCGCGAGGAAAAGCUCUUGAAAGUGCAGCAAGAAAAAAUACUAAAAGAGCAACAAGAAAAGGAACAACAGCAGCAACUGAUCAAACAAAAGCAGCAAGACCAGACCGAGCAAAAGCAGACUGUUGAACCAAGCGAUGAGUCUUUAAAGGACGACAUGGUAUAUCAGAGUGUGACCGAGCAACUAGUAGAAGAAGCAAUCGAUGUAGAUAGAAAAGUUGAUGUCGAGAAAGCGGUUUCGGGUGCAUCGGAUAUAAAAGCUGAUUUCGAAGAGAAACUGAAUACUGGAUAUCCCGAGGUUAGCUUUGUCAAGAGUAUGGAAGAAAAAAUAGUUGAAACACCCAUUAUUAAAGAACUCGAAGUUGAAAAGAAAGAUGUUUUGUCGAAAAUAAAAACCGUCAUUCCCGAUGUGGUGGCUGCUGUAAUUGAUGAGAAAACAACGAUAGAAGCCGAAAUUAUAGCUACAAGUGAGGAAUCAAAAGACCUUCCAACACAAACGUCAGAGCUGGUGAACGUUAAGAGCGAAACGGAUUGUAGUGUUAAGGAAAGUACUGUGAUUGAGGAAGCAGCAGCCUAAAAGAAGUUAGAGAAAUGAAAGUGUUCUUUGCAGGUUUUUAGAAUAACUCCUUUUUAUUGUAACACUGUUACCAUUGAACUUAUAUAUAUCAUGCUGAGGCAAUUGACAUAACCACUUUUGCAUCUUAUGAAAAUUCAAUUAUAUAUAUUAUGAAAAUUCGUUGCUUUGGCCGAACGAAUCAAAAAUAAUAUAAUAAUAAGAUUUAUCUUUUUACAAUCAUGAUAAUAAUAUUGCCUUAAUGGCAGUAUAUAUAAUUUAUUCAUACUUUCAUCACUGUUAAUUGCAGAAAAGAAACUAUAUUUUGUCAUUUGGUUUGGUUUCCUUUCAAUGGACACAUAUUGACGAUGCGUGUAAAUAAAAUUUGAGACAGAUCGUGGAGUCGCGAAAGUUUUUUCAUAUAUUUUUUUUAUUUGUACAAAAACAAAUGUACAUCGAUUAUGAUUCGAUCAAUUCAUAACAAGAGCUACGUAGUGCACUUAGUAUCUUGUAAUAUUCCAAAUGCGAUAUCAAGCAUCCUAGACGCUUUUCAACAACUUUUUACUUUUACAUGAUCUUAACAUUAUACUAAUGAUUCUAAAAUGUAGUAAAAUUGUUAUUCGAAAUAUUAGUAAAGUUUAUAAUGUAAAUGAAAAGUUGAAAUUGAUUUAGAACAGGCAGCAUUGAAUUAAAGUACACACUGUUUCUGUUGCUACUAUUUUAGGCUAAAUUUUCAAGUCGUACUUUCAACAAAAUAGUUAGAAAUCUUGCGUUUUUAUGUACUAUCAUGCACUUCAAAAAUGUGUCAUCUUUGCAUAAGCAUUGAUUUUCUUACCGCAAAAUUGAGUUGUACAAGAAAGUUAACUACAUAAUUGCAUACGUCAGCACGUACACACAGAUGUACCGAUGUUCGAAUAAUUUACAUAUUACUGUAUGUAAAAGGUCAAACGCUACACUAAUGAUUGUUACUAUUGUACGAAAACAUGAUGUGUAAGACUUGUAUAUUUUGUAGUUGAUCGUUCGAUCACUGUACUCGAUAUUAAUGAGUGAUCCGUGCUUUUGUCUAAAAUUAUUGCUAAUUAUAUAAUGCGAUAAAAUACUAUGAGUUAUUCCGCUGUUCUCUAAUACUGAGUUGCUUAUUCUUUCUUUAUUUGUACUCGAUUUUGUAUAAGAAACAAUGACUUUCUUCAUAAUUGUAAUAAAUUUACGCCUUUAAUGCCAGAAAGAUAACAAAAAUAUUCACGAUUCAAAAUGUAUAUUGUAAAUAACAAAAAUAUAGAAAAUGAAGUAAAUAUUUAAAUUGGUUUGUUUUUUUGUCUUUUCAAUCUUUAAGUACAACCCUUUGAU